UAAGUGUUAUAGCCAAGAGCGUAGGCAAACGACGGGAAGAAAUUGUGCGGACCAGUGGGCAGAACGGGUGUGAACUGCAAGGAAACAGCCGGCUUUGUUUCCGGUGGUCUCGCGUUUGCACAUUUGGCGUCCCGGGUGUGGCAGCUAUUUGUACGUGGUGCACUGUGAACUCCUAUGAUAAUCAGCCUGCAGUAGUUUUAUUUGUGCAUCCUCACACGUGAAGAAGUAAGAAAAUGGCCUGUGCUGAGUAUUCUUUUCAUAUGCCAAGUCUAGAGGAACUUGUUGGAGUUCUGCAGAAGGGGCUAAAGGAUAACUUUGCUGAUGUGCAGGUCUCUGUAGUUGAUUGCCCUGAUUUGACUAAGGAGCCAUUUACCUUUCCUGUAAAAGGAAUCUGUGGGAAAACUAGAAUUGCAGAAGUAGGAGGUGUGCCUUACUUAUUGCCUCUUGUAAAUAAAAAAAAAGUUUAUGAUCUAAAUAAGAUUGCAAAAGAAAUCAAGCUUCCUGGAGCUUUUAUUCUUGGAGCGGGGGCAGGUCCAUUUCAGUCUCUUGGGUUCAAUUCUGAGUUUAUGCCAGUUAUUCAAACAGAAAGUGAACACAAACCUCCUGUGAAUGGAAGUUACUUUGCCUGCAUUAACCCUGAAGAUGGAGGGUGCCUACUAGAGAAAUACAGUGAGAAAUACCAUGAUUAUGGGUGUGCAUUACUGGCUAACCUUUUUGCCAGUGAGGGCCAACCUGGAAAGGUCAUUGAGGUGAAAGCCAAAAGAAGAAAUGGAAAACUUAAUUUUGUGACUUGCAUGAGACAGACUCUUGAAAAACAUUAUGGAGAUAAGCCUGUAGGGAUGGGAGGUACUUUCGUAAUUCAGAAAGGAAAAGUGAAGACUCACGUUAUGCCUAGAGAAUUUUCUCCCUGCCCAUUGAACUCUGAUGAAGACGUGAAUAACUGGUUGCAUUUUUAUGAGAUGAAGGCUCCUUUGAUUUGUCUGCCAGUUUUUGUCUCCAAAGACCCAGGGUUUGAUUUGCGAUUGGAGCACACUCACUGUUUCAGUCAUCAUGGAGAAGGUGGACACUACCAUCAUGACACUACCCCAGAUAUAGUGGAGUAUCUUGGCUACUUCUUACCUGCAGAGUUUCUCUAUCGCAUUGAUCAACCAAAAGAGACUCAUUCAUUUGGGCGGGAUUAAGUCAACUGCUACUCAUUUAGAAAAAGAAAUGAUUAAGUUAAUUAAUUGAUUAACUCAGGAAUUGAUGCAAAUAUAAAAUCCAACAGAAAUUAUCUCACUA